GGCCAGAGUUCCAUUCAUCCUGAACAAGUCAACCUCCACGACGACAAGUAAGAAAUCUUUCACCACCAUCUCAUUAGAUCGAUCUCCUUCGUUAUCCACAACAAAUCAAUCUGAUCACAAAACUUACUUCCCCUAAAUUAAACCUAAACCCUUCUAAUCAUACCUUUGAUCUUCUACGUUCUUGAAUCAGAGAUGGGGGUUGGAUUAUCUGUUCUAAUAGGAUUGAAAGCAGCAACUUUAUUCAUAAUCUUCGCCUAUUUAAGAACCCUAGGAUUCACUUUUCUAUCAGUUCCCUUCUUGUAUGCAUCUUUAGUGUCAUUGCUUGUUUCACUCGCUUCACACCCUGCAACUAAUUUACCAAUGCUCUUGGGGAAAAACACCGAUGGAUCUUUCCCAAUUUGGUCCCUGAUCAUAUUUAGCCCAUACUUGUAUUUUGUCCAAGGGUUUUCAGCACUUAGAAGGUUAAAGAGUAGGGAAGCCCCUUACACUGAGGUGUCUGAUGGUUUGUAUGUUGGUGGGUGGCCUUCUUCGCCGGACAAAAUGCCGCCGGGUAACCCUGCUAUAAUAGAUUGCACAUGUGAAUUGCCUAGGGUUUUUGGUAUAUCUGGCAAUGGGUAUUUGUGUGUUCCAACGUGGGAUACUAGAUCGCCUGAUCCGGGUGCUAUGGAGUCCGCUGUUCGAUGGGCUUGUAGAAAGAGAGCUCAGAAUACUCCUAUCUUCAUUCAUUGUGCUUAUGGUCAUGGAAGAAGUGUGGCAGUCAUGUGUGCUUUGUUGGUGAGCCUGGGUGUCGUUGAUGACUGGAAAAACGCUGAGAAAUUAAUCAAGAAAAACCGACCUUAUAUCAGAAUGAACGCUCUCCACCGGAAAGCCUUAGAAGAAUGGUCAAAAAACCGAUUAUCUGCUCCUAAAACCGGAGCCAAUACCCGCUCUUGAUAGGUAUGCCAUUAAGCCAAAAUUCUUGUACUUGUUAGAAUUGUUAUGUAUCUGCAUUCAGGGGUUCAUCAACCCCACUGAACCCUUCAGAAGAUGAUUACGUUGCACCCUUCUUGAUAUUGAUUAAUUAUGAUUAACCAACUCUAUUACAUUGAUCUUUUUCUGUGUUUGAUUAAUGGUCAUAUUUGAUGAUGAAA